AUGCUGAGGCAGGUGAGCCGGGUGCUGAAGCUGCCCAUUCCUGCUAAGAGCACACAGCUGCUGGGCAAGGAAUUUGUAGGUGAGGAAGGGCGCGGCGCCAACCUCAUAGACAUUGGCAAAGGAACCGUGGUGGUGCGCCUGUCCAGCGCGGCAGUCCCGGACGAGAAGGAUGACACAACGGUAGUCAUCGGGCCGCCCUUCUAUCUGGAGGCCAAGGUGGCGGGCUUCAAAAUUCCUAUUCAAGACACGCAGCCGGGCGGCGGGCGCAAGUCGAUCCUGGGCAAUGAGCUGAACUACUUCCGGCAGCUGUAUGUGGAGAACAGCGGGAAGCCAGGGGACCUGCGCGUCAGUGAGGUGUAUGCUGGGGACCCCGCUGUCAAGGGCAGCAUCUUUGUGCAUGAGCGAGCGUGA